AUGGUCGCGUGGACCACCGAAGUCGAGAAAAAGCUAUUCCUAUGCGUCAUGAAGCAGAUGAACCAGCACAUCAACUACAGGCAGCUGGCCGCCGACAUGGGCGCCCUGGGCAUCGACGUCACGCCCAAAGCUUGCACCCACAAAAUCGCCCACAUCAAGGCCGACGCGAAGGCGGGCGGCGGCGGCGGCCCGUCCACCUCCGCCCCGGCCGGCACCCCCGCUCGCCGCAACAAGAACAAGCGUGUGAGGACGGCCAGUACUACCGACGAAGAAGAAGAAGAAGGAUCCGAUGGCGAUUCGGAUGCCCCGGCCGCGAAGACGAAGAAGACGAAGAUGAUGAAGAAGAAGAAGAAGAUGGACGGCGGUGGAGGUGGAGGUGGCGGAAAGAAGAAGGGUAAGGCUGCUGUCGUCGUCAAGGAAGAAGAAGAUGGGGAUGAUGACGGCGACGGCGACGGUGACGAGGACGAGCAGAGCGAUCUUGCGCUGUUCAGCGCGGCUGCGGCUGCGGCUGAGGCUGUGGUGGAUCAGGGGUCGGAGAAUGAGUCGGAGUUUGGGGAGGCUGUUUAG